AUGAGACUUCUUACAACAAAUAAGGCCUCAUUCUCGAGGGGCAAUGAGGUCUUGAAAGCCUUCAUUGGGCUGAGGAAUAAUGCUACAAGGAAUGUGAGAGUCUGUGGACAAUGUCGAUAUAAUUCUUCAGUGGCAGAUCUUUCGUCUAAGGCUACGAAUGCUUCGGAUCCCAUUACAUCUAAAGAAUAUAAAAAAGAUGAGUGGUACAAUGUGCCACAAUCGAUUACUGAUUCCCUCUCUCGAAGUCUACAUACAACCUUAGAUCAUCCUAUUUCCAUAACUCGCUCAAUAAUCGAAUCAAGAUUCCCCUCACCUACCUACAAGUACCAUAAUACAUUCUUCCCCGUCGUAUCUACGCAUCAAAAUUUUGAUUCUCUGGGGUUCCCAUCGGAUCAUCCUGGGCGAAGUAAGACGGAUACAUACUAUAUCAAUAAGGAAACGGUAUUACGAACUCAUACAAGUGCCCACCAAGCAGAUGUAUUUCGCAGUAACCAGAGUGAAGGUUUCCUUAUUAGUGCAGACGUAUACCGCAGAGAUGCAAUCGAUCGAAGCCAUUAUCCUAUUUUCCACCAAAUGGAAGGGGCAAGGAUGUGGGACAGAGCCAAGGUUCCUAAAGGAGACAUCGCAGCUGCUAUAUGGAAAGAUAUCGAUGCUCUCCCCAAGCAUGAUAUGAAAGUCGAAGAUCCAAAUCCACCUUUUCACGCGGAGAGAAAUCCAUUACAAGGAGAGCAUACCGAAGCGGAAGCUGAAGCUAUUGCGGCACAUCUCAAGAAGAGUUUGGAGUUGAUGGUGGCAGAGAUAUUUUCUCGCGCAAAGCAAGCAGCCAUAAAAGCAGAUCCCAAUUUCAUCGAUGAGCCAUUAAAAGUAAGGUGGAUAGAAGCUUAUUUCCCGUUCACAAGUCCAUCCUGGGAGCUAGAAAUCUUUUGGCAAGGGGAUUGGUUAGAAGUGCUUGGAUGUGGUGUUGUUAAGCAGGAUAUCAUGCAGAAUGCAGGUGUGCCAGAUCAAUUAGGAUGGGCGUUCGGUAUAGGUUUGGAAAGAAUCGCCAUGUUACUUUUCGAAAUUCCAGAUAUUAGACUGUUUUGGUCCAAAGAUGAGAGGUUUCUAAGUCAGUUCAAAGGAGUUUCGGAGAACCUAGAGAAUUUGAGGAGAUAUAUUCCAUUCUCGAAACAUCCCGCAUGCUACAAAGAUGUUUCCUUUUGGUUACGAUCAUCCUCUUCGGCAGGAGGUGGUAAUGCGGCCAAUGCGCACGAUUUCCAUGAGAAUGAUUUCAUGGAGAUUGUUAGGGAUAUAGGAGGAGACAGAGUGGAGGAUGUCAAAAAGGUAGAUGAAUUUACACAUCCGAAAACUGGCCGCAAGAGCAUGUGCUAUAGGAUUAAUUAUAGGAGUUUGUUGAGAACUCUAACGAACGAAGAGACGAAUAAAAUGCAUGAAGAGGUCAAAAAGGAAUUGGCUGGGAAACUAGGUGUAGAGUUAAGAUGA